UUCAAUUUGCAAGAUGUUGAGAAGUUUACAGACAUCGAAAAACUCUACCUCUACCUUAAGUUGCCUUCUGGUCCCAGCAAUGGCAAUGAUAAAAGUGAUCAGAGUUCCAUGUCAUCAAGCCGUACACAACAAAUGUAUGCAUUCAACUGGAUACGGAAUCACCUAGAGGAGCACCCGGAGACUUCCCUCCCAAAGCAAGAGGUGUAUGAUGAAUACAAGAGCUAUUGUGACAAUCUUGGCUAUAAUCCACUGAGUGCAGCAGACUUUGGAAAGAUCAUGAAGAAUGUCUUUCCCAACAUGAAGGCGCGUCGACUGGGCAUGAGGGGCAAAUCCAAAUAUUGUUAUAGUGGAUUAAGAAAGAAAGCAUUUGUACAUAUGCCAUCGCUACCUAACCUGGAUCUACAAAAAUCUGGGGAUGGGUGUGAGCUGAUGGAGCCAUCGGGUCAGUCACCCAGUGCUGAAGAUGAAAUGCGAUCUGCUGCCUGUGGUCUUGUGUGUGAGUGGGCCCAGAAGGUUCUGAGCCGUCAGUUCGACAAUGUGGAAGACCUCGCUCGCUUCCUGCUCAACAGCCACUACAUCGGCACCAAGUCCAUGGCUGCCCUCACCGUUAUGACAGGAACACCCACAGGAAUGAAGACACCCACUCCAGCUUCUGCAUUUGUUCCCACGGCUGAGGCCAACUCUUUCCAGCCCCAGGUGAAGACCCUCCCCUCUCCCGCUGUUGAUGCAAAGCAGCAACUGCAGCGCAAAAUCCAGAAGAAGCAGCAAGAGCAGAAACGCCACUCACCUCUGCCCAGUGAGACCCAGAUCAAGAGGACUGAGGCCAGUACCCCUGGUCCCACCAUCCCCUGUGGCAGCCCUGCUCUGCUGUCCCCUCAGCCCACAAUUGGCAUUGUAGUAGCAGCUGUCCCCAGCCCAAUCACGGUACAGAGAAGCCGGCAAUUGAUGACCUCACCCAGUCCUGUAGGGACAGCAGAGGGGAAAGUGUUGCCUGUGAACUUCCAAGUGGUGACACAGUCUCUCAAGCAAUCCCCCAAAACCUCCCAGAAUAUCACAGCCAGUCCUGUGGGGGACCGCAUGGCACGGCACCGGUACGCUCAAAUUCUGCCUAAACCCUCCGCCAGCAGUGCCAUCACAUUGCGCUCGCCCCCAACCCUGCUCAUCACCAACAGCCCCAUCAAGACUGUGAUGCCCACUCCUCACGUCAGCUCAGUCAAUGUGGUGAAAAUGACAGCCAUAUCUCUAACUCCCAGCAGCAGCAGUAGUAACAGUGGCAGUACGGCCCUGCGGCCUGCCUCAACGGGUGUGGGUGCUAUUGUUGCCUCAGAGGAAUCCCAGCAGGCUCAGAGUGGGUCCUUGGCCACCCCACAGUCUCCUGCAGUCAGAGCCAGCGCACCAACCUCUGCCCUGUUCCUCCCCAGUGACACUAAAUUUGUGUCUGAGGCCGAAGGUGACAACAACCUCACACAUGGGGCAGAGAAACAUAGCACUAGUCAGGGUUCCGCUGUUGGAGUCAAAGAUGAGAGAGUGACAAAGUUCAGGGCUGCCAGUGAACCCAGCUUCCUUGUCAAAUGUUCUCCUGGACCAGAAAAAGUAGCCAGGUUAAAAAGUGACUCCAUGUCCCCCCCCACCUCCAUAGCUGUAGCUGGGACUCAUGACAGCAAUAACAGUAAUUGUCUCGACAGUACUUUGUACCUGACUGUUGAUAAUCAGAAUGCCAAUGGCAGCAUGUCAUCCAAUGGCUCCUCAGCUGUUACCCCGUUGUCUAAGGAUACCUGUCUGGACUCCAAGAGCCCCAGGAAACGCACAGGCCCAGGUGUGGAGUCCCAUGUGAUUCCAGUGAAGAGGGUGUUUAUUUCCGAGCAGCCACUGGCUGUAGUUGACAAUCCUAAACCUGGAGUUGGCAUCGCAGUGAAGAGGAUCCCCAGACCAGGAACUCCUGCCAGACCAGAGAGUGCCCCCUGUAAAGUGACUGUCAAACACACCUCCAUUGGGCCCACACAGAUCCUUGCACUCUCUGACUCACCCAUCACACACACCGAGGGCUCCCAGACUGUUGUCAAACCCCAGGCCUUGCUGGUGAAACAUGAGGACUCCUCUCUCAGCACUGACACCAGCAGCGCAGCACUUGGAAAUAGCCCCUCUGAUCAGACGUUGCUACAGCAGAUCGUCGGAGACCCUCGUGCCAUACCAACCAACUCAGGAGCACACGAGGCCUCUGUAAUAGGUGACUUAAAGAGCACAAUAUGGGAGGAGGGACAGCUUAAUGAGCUUCGCAAACAGGCCUUUGCUCAACGUGUACCAGCAGAACACAAGCAGGCACCCACAGACCAACUUUCCAUCAUAACCCAGACCUCCGAGGCCCCAGGCCAGCUCACCCUCACACAGGAGAUAGUGGACUUUGCUGGCUCUCAACCUAACAUGGACUACUUCCCAUUUAAUGAUGAUGACAUGACCCAGGACAGCAUCGUGGAGGAGCUAGUCCAGAUGGAGGAGCAGAUGAAGUUAAAGGGUCUGCAGCCUCUGUUUAGUAGUUGUGUUGACAUGCCUCUACAAGGCCAGUCUGCUGCCAACCAAGGCUCAGUCCUUGGUGCUCACCAGGCAGGCACUACCUUCUAUCACUCUGCCCAUAGCAGUACGACCCCUGUCCAAACUCCAACUCCCACACCAACACCAACCCCCACGCCAACCCCCACCUCUGAAAUGACCCUUGGGCAUAGCUUGACUCGAGAGAGCCCCUGCUCCCGCAUGGCUCCCAGCACCCCUGUGGAUGGAACCAUGGGUCGCCACACCCCUAUCAGUACUCCACUCUCCAACUGCAGCAGUAGUGUCCCUCCCAGUCCAGUGGAGUGCAGGAAUCCUUUUGCCUUCACUCCCAUCAAUUCUAGCAUGACUGGUUACCAUGAAGCCAGCAUUGUGUCCAGCAGUCCUGUCAAGCCCAUGCAAAGGCCAAUGGCCACACACCCUGACAAGGCAAAACUGGAAUGGAUCAACAAUCGCUAUAACAAUAACAAUGGAGGUCCCCUAUCCAACCAUGGCAUUGGCAUUCUGCCCAGCUACCAAGAUCUGGUGGAUGACCAGUUCCGUAAGCCGCAUGCCUUUGCUAUUCCUGGCCAGUCAUUUCAGGCACAGUCAAGACAGGACGCUCACUUUGGCCGCCUGACCCCUAUCUCCCCACAGCAGCAACAGGUAAUAUGUUUAUCUACCCCUACGAAACAGGAGAGCUUUGCCGUGCCUGCCCCGUUAGACAACAAGGCCUCAAACUCAUCUGGGUCCAGCACUUUCCGCUGCCGCAGUGUUAGCCCUGCAGUACGUCAGAGGAACUUCAGUGGUAACACUGGCCCUCCGACCACCACCACUACCACCACCACCACCACCCGAGCUGUUGUCUCCCCUUUUAACUCUCCUAUCACCUCCGAGGUGCUCAGUAUUCUUUCCAACAGCCAGACAGUUAGCUCUGUCCACAGCAUGGUCCAGCGCAGCCAGUCUGUGCCUCUGAAUGUCAUGAUGCAGAGUGAGACGCUGCCUGUGCAGGGCCAGAGUAACACCACCAAGAUCACCAAUGUCCUUUUGAGCAAAAUGGAUUCGGAGGGGGAUGACUCAGUCCGUGGCCUGGGGAUAAACAACCUCCCUUCCAACUACACGGCCCGUAUGAACCUGACUCAGAUCUUGGAGACCACGACCAGUUUUGCUGGGGGAGCUGCCCAUCAGACUCAGCUGCCCAUCAGCUCCAGCCCUGCUGCCUUUGAGCUCCAGCAGCACGGCUACCUCACCAGUAGCGGUGGAGAGCAGGUUAGCUUCUCUGCCGGGGAAAGCCAAGCACAAGCAGGCCCUACUGACCGAGACCAGCAGCAACAGCAGCAGGAGAACCCUGUGCAGACCCAACCCCAGCUGCUCCUCCAGAGUACACAGCAGCAGGAGGCUGAGGAGGAGCAGCAACAGCUGGAUUUCAAUAACACUGUUAAAGACUUGCUGGGGGAUGAUGGCUUGAACCCCAGUUCCCAGCUGGUGGGUCAGGUAGCCUCAGAGCUUAGUGCUGUGGCAUCUGACUUUUCCACUGACAUCAGACUGACAUCAGAUCUGUCCAGUAGCAUUACUGACCUUAACACGUUAGACACCAACCUGCUGUUUGACCCCAAUCAGCAGCAGGAACAAUAUGAAGACUCAACACUGGAAGAACUGAAGAACGACCCGCUUUUUCAGCAGAUAUGCAGUGAUACUGUGAACUCUGGCUUUGACUGGCUGGAAAGCAAAGACCAGCCUACUACAGUAGAGAUGUUGGGCUAAUGUUAUCUUUUACUCUUCAUGGUUUCUGUUCCUAUGUUGUUUGUUUGCUAUGUAUGUAGUAUAUCUGUUUUUAUACUCUAGCUUGUUGGGAUUUGUCUGGACUUCGCCAUUUGUCCUGUUUAAAGUGCCAGGCUUACCAGAAAAUCUCUCCUACUUGUGUUUUUGAUCAGUUUUCACCUCUUAUCAUUUGACACCUUGAUUUACAGUGCUUUUACCACAUCUCUCCCACAUGUAAGGUCAGACACAUAAUUCAUUUCAAGGAUGAUUGUGAGUAUCUGAUGGCAGUAGGCAUGUGUAUAGACCAGAUUUCUAAAAACAAGAACUCAAAACAAAAAAAUUGUAUCUUCCGCUCUAUAGCCAGUCAAUAAUACUAUAUUUUUGCUCGACAAACAAAAAUGAAAGCGAGAUGAGUAAUGAAUUUGGCACAAAAGACCUCACCAAAAAUGUUUGCUGUUGUAUUUACAAGUGUGCAGAACAAGCUCAACCAAAAGGAAAGACUAUUGGAGAUGUAGUAUAUAUGCACAUUAUAAUCGUAGUACAUUUUCCUGCCAUAUCUGAAUAUCAAAACGUGUAGCAGCUGAUGCUACCAGGUGCUGAAACUAUGACAUCAUCUUUAUACUUUAUCAUAUACCAAAUCGGCGUAACGCUGAUUCAUGUCUGAGCUUUGUCCGAGAAUUGAGUUUUUCUUAAAGCCUAUACUACUUGUACUGUUGAAUAUCUUAUAAAGGGAGUAUAAAAGAAUCAGCGAGGAGAGGAUGGAACUUCAGGCCACCUUGUGGACGACACGAUGAAAGGAAUCAAACAACUUGGCUGCCUUAUUCCCAAAGUCCAAGGCCUUAUGCCAUCUUUAGAGAGACUACAUAGUAUAUAAUCUUCAAACAUCUUCAGAACCAUCCAGAGCUUCAUCAUAUCAAGGCAGCUGUUUCUCUGACAAUGUUUUCAGUACUAUUUCUUAUUCUUUUUUUUCUUUCUUUUUUUUUUGCAGUGUUUCAGAGGCAUCUUGUAUAGGCUAAAGACGACAGACACUCUGUGUGCCCUUAUCAGUAAUAAAUUGAAAAUAAUCUGUUAUGCUGUCAUUUCAUAAAAAAAGAAAAGAAAAACAAAACAAAACAUGGCAGGCACACUUUGAGUUGUAAGACGUUUUGGCAUGCUGGUGCCCCCGGGUUCGAUAAGAAUAUCAAUGGUAUGGAGAUGGCUUAGCUACAUUGAGGCCCAGGGGCUAAGAUGUAUUGACUUUUCCUGAUUGUGACGUCAUCUUGAGAUCAAGAAGGGAGUCGCGGGUUAUAUUGUUUCCGGAGAUUCAGCCUUAUUUCCAUACCAAAGAUGAUCUGUUUUACUAACAUAAGAGAUUAUUACACAUGCAUACCCUUCUGGUAACUAAUAAGAACAAAGGGAAAUGGGCAGUCUUGCAGAUAUUACUUUUAAAAAGAGUUUUAUUGCAUUUGAGGGAAAACGAUUUAGUUGCAAAAAUCUAUGUAUAGUAUGUAAAUUUGUGGACUGGUCGCUGUCCUAUGUUUCAUAGGUAACUAUGGACCUGAAAGCAUGUUGAGAUAUCACUGCUAGUCGGGUUAGGCUAUGUGAUAUAGUAGGAUGCUUGCUCGAGUUUUUGGCUAUUGUCAAUGUUGUACAAGUCAUGUUAAAGCUCCAUCUGUAAAUACGAUAGAUACAUAGAAAUUGGAUGUAUCAAGACACUAUAAUAUGGCCAUUAUCUAGCUAAGUCUAUGUGCCAUUUGAAAAAAAAAAAAGCUUAACAGAACUAUAGUCGACAAGAUACUGUAUGUUGUGUGUUACAUUUCUGGCUCGAUAUGUUGUACAAGUACUGCUGUCCGUUUGGUCUCUCGCUUGCUGAUGUUUUUUUUCUUUUCUCUUUUCAAAGAUAAUAGGUCUCCGCAGUUGCAGAAGUGAUGUGUACUCAGAGCGAGAACAAUAGCAUGGUAUAUUGAGAAAAAAAAAGUUGUGAUACUAUUAGCUGGUUUGCAAACAUUUCUGUGACAGACAUUGUGCUCAAAAGCCUUUCAGCAGACACUGGAAAAUUAAUAACUCAUAUUUCAACAAACUUUGGAGGUUCAUAUUAUUGCACUAAAUUUUUAUGACACAUGGCUUUGCCACAACUUUAUGGACAAAUGAAAUGAUGGAUGCCCGCGAAAAAAAAAAAGGAAAAAAAAGAAAAAAUAUUUUUUAUGACAAGAUGAGUAAGGAAAAUUAACUGAAUUGUCAGAAAAUGAUUAAUUGUCUUGUAGCAAAAUGUGCAUUAAUCUCAGUGAGAUACACACUCUUACUCAUUCUCAUACAUGAGAAUAUAAAGCAUUAAGGAAAAAAAAGUUGAAAUAACCUUUUAAAACCUACAUGCUCAUUAUGUUGAUAGAUGAUUGUACGCACGCAUGUGUGAUAACUUCUAUUGUACUUUGUAUUCUUGGUAACCACUGUCUUCUGUGAUUUGGGCGGGUUCUGUUAAACCAGACUGGCAGUGCUAGUUUCAUGAGUUUCAUUACUUUUACUGUGUGCUGUUUACCAAGUUAAUAUUGUUCCGUAUGUUAUGUUGAUGACUGUUUUCUUUUCCGUCGAGUUUGCAUAUUCUUGUUUCGCGGAAUACAUUUGUGAAGAAAGUUAACAUUUUCUCUCGAUUUUUUCAAACAUUUAAACAAGGCACUGAUCUAAGAAUUUGAAUGAAGGAAAUCGCACCUCUUAAGAUGUACAGGAGCUCCAUCAAGCAGUGACUCUGAUGCUGUACCUUCUGACUGACCUAGAAGCAACUCUGACUAGCAGGUCAGUCCCUACCAGUAGAAGAACCUUCCUCUGUGGUGUUGUCUGGUGUACUGCUUAAUGUACAGUCGCUUGUUGAUAUUGCAAAAAUGCAUUGUUUCUUUUUUCUUUUUCUUUUUUUUUUCAAUGGAAAGUACUCACUGGUGAGAUUUUUAAAGUGGUUUUAAAAGCCAAUAAACUUUUUU